AUGCCGAGACUAGCUGUGUUUUUACUGGCACUAGGAAUUCUGAGCUGGAUCUACCGAGUUGAAGGCUAUCCAAAUGGAGCUCCAUGGAGUACAUGUUUUACCAGGUACCCGAAACACAAUAAUCAGGGGACACAGACAACACCAUGCCCCAUUGGGAUCACCUUUUCCGCUCCAGUUUUUGCACCAGGAGAGGAGAUAGUCAUAAAAGUAGAGGAUCCAAAUCCUAACAAACAAUGGUUUUCUGGGAUUCAGAUGGCAGCAUUCCGAGACAGUGGCAAUCAUGAAGAAAUUGUGGGAACAUUUAUUAAUUACCCCACAGAUAAACUAAAAGCAAUAACAUGUUUUGCAGGAUCAAGGAAUAUGAUAACUCACAAGAACAAUCUGAAGGUUAAGACACUGGAACUAACCUGGAAGGCACCAAGUGAACAUGUUGGAAAUGUGACCUUUAAAGCUACCAUUGUUAUCAACUAUGAGACAUUCUGGACUGGCUUAGAGGCACAAUUACCCUCAGCUGAUCAAGAUACUGCUACUAUCAAACCACCAUUGUACAAGGCAAUUUCCUGGAAACAUUUGGUACAAGAUGUAGACUUCUCUGGCUGUGGUGAUACCAAAGGAUGUUUCCUGCAUCCUCAACACUGCACAGGAGACAACUGUUUAGCUGCUGUUAGCUUCCAGCAUCGGCCAAGCACUGAUGAUUAUUUCUUUGAGAUGCAUACCACAGCAGCAGCAGCAGCCGGUUGGAUUUCUCUUGGGUUUUCAGAUAACAAAGAAAUGGGUGAUGAUGAAACUAUUUCCUGUGUAUUCAGUGCAGGAUUUGGUAGUGUUCAGCAUGGAUGGAAUCCUGGAAGUUACAAUACCCGCAUGCUAACAAGAUUUUUAUCUGAAGUUGAAAUUCGACAGUCUGAUGGUCAACUGCAGUGUAAAUUUGUGUUACCAAAAGAAUCCUCUGCUUACAUCAUAAACUCAAAAUCAGAUGUGCUAAAUUACACAAAUAUUACUUUCAACAAAGAACGAGGCUGGUAUUUGAUGCUUGCUUGGGGUGAUACCAUGCCGGCAUCUGAUGUGCUGGCCAAACAUGUGGAAAUGCCAGUUGUUUCCUCUAGCAAGGUCAACUUAAAAGAAGCAGUUGUUCACAGAGGAUCAUCAUUUCCUGUACUAGUUAAAAUCCAUGCUUCCUUGAUGAUGAUUGCAUGGAUCUUCCUUAGUGGAAUCAUCACAGUUGUUUCAAGGCAUUACAGAGGUUGGAUGCCAAAAGUAACACUGUUUGGUACCAAAGUGUGGUUUCAGAUCCACAGAGGCCUUGCUUUACUAGUGAUUAUUAUGACACUUACUGGAAUUGCAGCGAUAUUCUUUCAGUAUGGAAAAGACAUAAGAGCGUUUUCAAUUCCACAUUCCUAUUUUGGACUGAUAGUUGUGGCAUCAGUGACUCUCCAGGUGAUUGCAGGUUUUUUCCGUCCAGGAAUUGACCAUGAGAUGCGAUAUUUGUUCAACUAUGGACAUCGCAUCUUGGGGCAAACUACUCAUAUUUUAGCAGCUGUGACCAUGUUUCUUGCCUACAGCAUCAAGUAUAUGAGCCGUGAGCAGACAUAUUUUGGAAUUGCUGUUCUAAGUACAUGGGUAGUUUUGCAGCUGUUGUGGCACAUUAUGUAUGAAAUACUUAGUCUCAAAGGUUGGUUGAGAUUUCUCUCCAGUCAAGAGGAUGCUGGCACGGACAGCGACAAGUACCCAGACAAAAAUCGUCUUCUCACAAUUCUCUUCACCAUCUAUGUGUUAACAGUUGCUGGUUUGUGUGUGGCUGCUCUGUUAGCCUUUCUUUUGUACUAA